ACACAGCGAGCGAUCCCAGCGAAGCCCAUGGGUCAUGGCGAGCGCGACUCCCAGUGAGAGUGUGGAUAGUGACCUGCGCUGCUCCAUCUGCCUGGACACGUUCGUCUGCCCCUCCACGCUGAGCUGCUGACACAACACACGAGAGGCCUCACUUGGAGAAUCCCAGGCUGAGAGACCACGUCCUGGUGGCUCCCACCGUGAACAUGGAGGAGCGACAGUGCCAGCAGCACAGACAGGAGCUCAUUCUUUACUGUGAACAGGAUGAGAGCCCGGUCUGCCCAGUCUGCACCAUCACAAGAGACCACUCCGGACAUAGGUUCAUCACAGUGGAAAAAGCGAAACAGACAAGACAGGAGUUGCUCAGAAUCAAGAAGGAUGGGAGGGAAGAGAAGAGGAACAUGGUGGCGUCACGGACACGGACACUCAGGGAUGACUACCGGCACUUGAAGGAGUCUCUGCGUGGGAUCAAGGCGCGGAUCAGCCGAGAGUUUGAGCGCCAGAAGAAGGAGGAGAGGGAGGCGCUGGAGCGCGUAGAUGAAGAGGGCCGCUCCGUGCUGUCCCGCAUCCAGGCGGACAUUGCUCGCUACGAGAGCAGAGCAUGCGGCCUGGAGCAGGAGAUCAACCAACUGCUCGCCGCCCUGGCCAUACAGGACCCGCUCUCCUUCCUGCAGGUGGCUCCACAUCCAUUCACACGCCGCAGUGGCUAGGAGAUGUUAACUACCUCGCCUGAUAUGCAAUAGGUCGUAGGUUUUAUAAUAACCAUGAUGUCUGCUGUAUAUUUGGAGUUUGCGCCUCUCUC